UCAGCCAUCGCUCUUUCCUCGCGUGGUCUUCCCUUCUUAACUUCCUUUAUACACUACCUCUACCAGGCGCUCCUUCCGAUUCUGCUCAGCACAAGGUCGCAACUUCCUCUCUUAUCACGGUGGAAAAGGGAAGUCGCGUCCUGCCUGGAUAAUAGAAAUACUCAGGAACUCGCCCUCGACGGGCCAUCAAAGUACUGGAGCGAGACGCCGACCUCGCGUCGCCGCAAAGCCACACUCACCGGAGGAUCACCCGGCUUGGGCGAAGAAUCGAACAACGGGAAAAAGCCAGCCAUGGCUAGUCAGCGGAAGAGGGUGGAGCGCGGACGAGUUGGCGGGAAUGGCCAUGAUGGUAAUGCCGAACUGUCCAUCUGGGAGGGCUGCCAAGACACCAUCAAGUCGAUGCUCACACUCGUCACGCGCAUGGAAGAGUGCAAGAAAGAGAUCCUACUCAUGGAAGAAGGAAUGAAGGAGCGCGAUACCCUCGGCAACCCCCCCUCCGUCCUAGAAAUCGACGCUCUCUCCUCCCUCCAACGCGAACAAGUCAAACUCUCAGAACAAAUCCUCUCCGCCGGCAAAACAGGCGACACACCCCUCAUCGAGCGCCUCAAAGUCCUCCGCGGCCUGCAAUCCCACAACGAAGGCGCCUCCGCCGAGCCCAGCCGUCGCGGCGGACCCUCUCGCGAUAAAUCCUCCAUGGACCUCGAUGUCGCUUCCGAGUCCCCCGCGCCCUCCCCCAUGGUGGUCGACAAGCCGAGCCGGAAAAACCGCGACUUGGGCGCUACUAGCCGCAGCAGCCAGCCCCCGAAGGAGAGCACCACCAGCAAGGACGCCCCUGCGCCCACCCCGAGCUACGAGAUCGACGCCAAGGGUAAGGUGACGUUCAAUCUGCGCGCCGAGGUGGCCUUUCGCCCGAGACCUCAGGACCCCAACGUCGAGACGGAGUGGAUCCAGGGCGUCGUCGUGCGCAUCAUCGGCGAAGGCAAGAGCCGCCGCUACGACGUGCAGGACCCGGAGCCGGACGAGGUCACGAACCGCCCCGGCGCGAUCCACAAGUCCUCGGCCGCGCGCAUGGUGCCCAUCCCCGAGUUGGGACAGUCGCUACCGGAUUAUCCGCAGGGCAAGGCCGUGCUGGCGCGCUACCCGGACACGACCACGUUCUACAAGGCCGAGGUCGUGGCGAUGAAUGGGAAGUUUGUUAAGCUGAGGUUUGAGGGCGAGGAGGAUGAGCAGGUUACUAUGGAGGUUGAUCGCCGCUUCGUACUUGAUCAUCGCGGAGAUAAUAAGGGAUGAUUAAAAUGCCUUUCGUAUUGUUUUAUUCGUGCGGCUUUCUGGGUAUAGGCGAGUUGUUUGACGAGGAGUCUGGCUUUUCAUUGGGAAUACCCCCGGGCCGCCGGUUGAGGCGUUGUGGGAUUUGGGGUUGGAGUCUUGUUUUCGUAUGGGGUUCUGGUAUCAAUUAUCAUGGAUGGGGUAUACGAAAAUUGGGCAUGAUGGGAUGGCGGUAUGGUAGCUUUAAUAUAUAUGUUCACAUGA